ACGCAUUUUGUUGUUGGGUUGGAUUUCGUGGUCCAUUUUGGGGGCCGUUUGGGUUCGGGUUCUGGCUUGUGGAAGGAGCAGGUCUGAAGGAGGAGUCUGAAGGUGGGUAAGACUGGGCGGAAUUUGAAUCCCAGAAUUGCGACUCUGAUGUCUGCCACCAGCUGGAGGCUCUGUUGCCUGCUCUCGCCACAAACACAAGCUGCUGCACAAAGCCGGGGCGGCCCCGAAGCGGGGUAGGGUGUUGCAUAAGCCCUGGGCGGAGGGGAGAGGGUCUGCCCUGGGCGCUGCCUCCGCGGCGGCGGCGGCGCGAGCGGCUCGGGCUGGUGCGCGGCCCGGUGACAGCGGCCUGGCGCGAGCCCACGCUGACGACAGCCGCUCCCCCGCGCGGUUGCCAUGGAGACGGGCGAGCGCGGCGGCGGGGCUGUCAGCGCGCGCGGCGUCCGCGCGUCCGCGGGGGUCUGCAGGAGGAAGGCGGAGGCCGGGGCCCGGACCCUCGCGGCAGACAUGGACUUGCAUUGUGAUUGUGCUGCCGAAACUCCGGCCGCCGAGCAGCCGUCGGGGAAGAUCAAUAAAGCUGCUUUCAAAUUAUUCAAGAGGAGGAAAUCGGGUGGCACCAUGCCCAGCAUAUUCGGGGUCAAAAACAAAGGGGACGGGAAAGGCUCGGGGGCGCCGGGCAUGGUGCGGAGCAGGACCCACGACGGGCUGGCCGAGGUGGCGGUGCUGGAGAGCGGCCGCAAGGAGGAGCGGCGCGGCGGCGGGGACUGCGGGGGCCGGCCGGCCCCGGGGCCCCCCAGGGCUGCUGCGCCCGGCCUGGGCGCCCUGGCCGGCGGCUCGGUGGCCAAGUCGCACAGCUUCUUCUCCCUUCUGAAGAAGAACGGGAGACCCGAAAACGGCAGAGCCGAGCCGGCGGACGCGAGCAGGGCCGGCGGCAAACAAAAGAGGGGGCUGAGAGGGCUCUUCAGCAGCAUGCGCUGGCACAAGAAGGACAAGCGGGGCAAGGAGGGCAAGGAGGGGCGCGCGGGCGCCCCGGGCAGCCUCAUUCUGCCGGGGUCGCUCACCGCCAGCCUGGAGUGCGUCAAGGAGGAGCCGCCCAGGGCCGCGAGCGAGCCGGGGAGCCCCCGCGGGGACGCGCGCCCGGACCCAGCAGGUGAGCCCGCGGGGGGAGAGCCGGGGCCGGCGCUCCCCGGCCGCCAGCCCGCCAGCCCCGGGGGCCCCGCCGCCCCGGGCGCGCGGGGAGAGGACGCCCCGCGCGCCGAGAAGCCCCAGGCGCCCCCCGAGCCGGGCUGCGGCGAGGGCCCGGCGGCCGAGGAUGCUUCCAGGACGGGGGACGUCCCGAUAACGACCGUCCCCCUUGUCGACUCCGAAAGCGGCAGCGGCCGGGCGUCUGCCGUCCCCGACCCUUCCUCGGUCGACCCGCCCUCAGACCCAUCGGCCGAUCGUAUUUGUUUGAUGUUCUCUGACGUGACUUCACUGAAAAGCUUUGACUCUCUUACAGGCUGUGGAGAUAUUAUUGCAGACCAAGAGGACGAGGCAGGUCCCAGCUGCGACAAGCAUGCCCCCGGGCCAGGCAAGCCGGUUCUCUCUAAAAAGAACCCCAGCGUGGUGGCCUACCAAGGAGGAGGGGAGGAGAUGGCGAGUCCGGACGAGGCGGACGACACCUACCUCCAGGAGUUCUGGGACAUGCUGUCCCAGACCGAGGACCAGGGACAGGGGCCCCCGGACGCAGCGGCCAAGGCGGUGGCAGCCCCGGAGGCCAAGGUGGUACCCGAGGCCUCCAGAGACGCCAGGGGCGCAGAAGGGGCCAAGGACGCAUCCUCGGCCAAGCACAGGAGGGUCAACCGGAUUCCCACGGAGCUCCACUCUGAGGAGGAGCCUCACCACGCGGAGAAAGAGCAGCAGGAAGGCAUCCCCAACAGUGACGAGGGCUACUGGGAUUCCACCACCCCGGGCCCCGAGGAGGACGGCACCAGCAACGGUAAGAAGGCGGCCAUCGCCCGGGACAGCUACAGCGGCGACGCGCUCUACGACCUCUACGCCGAUCCAGACAGUAGCCCAGCAGCCCUGCCGGCCAACGAGGAGACGUCCUGCUUGUCCCGGUUAAAGCCUGUGUCUCCAGGCACCAUCACCUGCCCACUGCGAACACCAGGCAGUCUGCUGAAGGACUCUAAAAUCCCCAUCAGCAUCAAGCACCUCGCGAACCUUCCAGCCAGCCAUCCGGUGGUGCACCAGCAACCAGCCAGGAGUGAGUUGCCCAGAACAAAAAUCCCGGUUUCCAAAGUGCUGGUCCGCAGGGUCAGCAACCGGGCCUUGGCUGGGACCACCAUCCGGGCAGCGGCGUGCCACGACAGUGCCAAAAAGUUGUGAAGUCUCGCAAGCCAAGAUGGAUGAACCGCAUGUCCAGGAAUACAGUUUACCCCGGACACCACUAACAUGAGUUUUGCUUCCCCUCAAGAAAGGCCUUUGGGACCAGCCCUGCCCAGUAGCCUCGACCAAGGAGGUCUUGUGCUGUCAACAGGGGCAGGAUACACUGAAGGGAGGUGCCAUGCAUGGGCUUCUCCUCUCAAGAUAAGUCCCAGAGAAUUAUUUCCAAGGAUUUUUCCUUUUUACCUUUAAAAAAAUACUCUUGCUUUCUUUCUUUCCUUUAUUUUAUUUCUUUCUUUUGAUGCACUGAACACUUCUUGGAAGUCACCUUUACUUGCCUUUGCAGAAAACAGUAUCUAACCAAACCUAAGUAAGCAGCACGCCAGGUGCAGAAGGCCUGGAGGGACCACUGGGAACACUGGGGAACCCUCUUCUUCCAUGGUACUUUGCUUCCUUCCUUCCUUCUUGUCCUUUUCCUUUCCAGGAAAAAAAAAGUGGGGGGUGGGGGGGCGCUUUUCUGUAUCACUGUGUGGAAAACACCUACAAAGCUGAAAAGGCAGGUAUUGAACCUGAUGAGCAGAGGGGAUCACUGAUUGGAAGAAAACUUGCCUGCUUCAGUUGCUAGGUGUACAAAUAGGGAAAUACUGUACCACUGGGACAAUAAAGGAGAGUUGGGGUUUGGUUGGUUUAGGUCAUUUGGGGAGAAAGAAAAAGCUCAGUAGAGCAGAUUUGUUCUUUUUUUUCUUUUCCCCCCGCCCAGUGAGAAAUUAGGAUCAGGGAAAGAUUUCACUAAAUGCCAAUAGACACAGUAUUUUAGCAUUUAUAAAGUGUAACCUUUUCAUGUGUAGAUAAUGCAUAUUUUACAGUUUAUCCAGCGGUUAACAUUUUAUAAUCUGUCAGUAACCUCGAGUUUAAAAUCUGGUUUUAUAACUGGAUAUAAUAACUGUCCCCAAACCAUUGAUGUUCUUUUAUGUACUGUAACCUGAAGCAAUUCUGUUUUUGUUUUAUAUGGGUUAUCUGGCUCUAAUGCAGAAAAAAACAAGUGUAUUGUGUUGAUGUCCCAAAAGAAUGAUUCUGCCUUGUCUUGGGUAAGAGUCUAUUUAUUUCUUGUCCUCAACGGUGGUUUUCAGAUUUCACAUUGGUUAUAAAAUUUUGGGGUUCAACCAUUCCUCAACAUGGGGAGUCCCAAAUGAGGAACAUAUUAAGAAAAACAAUAGAAAAAUAUAGAUUUCCAUGUCAUUUGAGUUUGGCUUUAUUAAUUUAUGAUUAGGACAGAUAUGUUCAGAAUAUGACACUGGCAGGCUUAUGUAUCAUAAACAUUUUAUGCCAAGAAUUUUUUUUAAUGGUUUACUUAUAUGAAUGUUUUCCAUUAUUUUAGAUGGAACAUUUAUUUCAGAAAGGUUACCAAAUGCCUAGAUAGUAUGAGUGAUAAACUGAAGCAGUUCCUAGAAUGCUAUUAGCAUCUAAUGACUGUAUAAUAUCCUCUUUGAAAUGCUCCUCAGUGUAUUUAAUCAAAAGACCAGAGCUUCUACUAGGAGGUGAUUCAUGGCGUCAGGAAGAUUAGACAUAUUCAAAUGAAACUACACAUAUGUAAAUGGCAUAAACAUGUCUAUGUAACUUGCAUUUUCUAGAGAGAUUGCCUAAGUAAUGAAGUGACAUUACGUGUUUUUAAAGUUUAUUUUCUAUUUUAUAAAGGAAAGAAUAAGGCAAGUAUUUGAAGAUCUAUUUUAAUAAUAAUAAUAUGAAGGAAGGAACAAUAUGAAUGGACGUCAAGGGAAAACAAAUUUGAGCUAAUAGCACAAAGCAGAUCAUUCCCUAUUUUAAAUCUGCAAUGAUUCAAUUAGAAAAGGGGGAAGGGAUUUGCUGAAUUUAUUAGUCAGAUUAUGGGCUUUUAUUGCAUUGUGUCAGAUCCUUAAUGUUAUUUCAAAGCAGUGUUUUAAUAUUUAAUUUCCUUAUGUCUGUUGAUGAUGUCCUAUAAUCAGACAUAGCCUUAAGCACUCUGAAUACACCACCAGGAAUUCAUAAACAACUCAUACUCACACGUGUUCAUGCACUCAACUGUGCACAAACUGAACGGACAAAGGCACCUACUGUAAACUUGGAAACAUUUUAGAAAUGAUUUCUAUCAUGAGAAAGGAUUUACAUUUUAUUCAACACUGAUAGUACUAUUUAGGCUCAAUGCAUCCAUUUCCCCUAAUGAAUGGAAAGAAACAUAAAUCUUAUUCCUUGUUUUAAAACAAAGGAUCUUUAUUUUCUGCCUGUGCAAUUUAUUGCAAGGGUUCUAUUCUCCUCUGCAUGAAUCCAUGACAAAAUCCUGUUUGAUCAUUUCUUGGACUGUACAGGAAAGUCAAGUGUACCUGAAGGACUGAUAAGAAAAUUGCAAUAGUAAAGUCAAUCUAUCUACUUUAUAAGCACUGGAACAAACUAUUUUUGCUUUCAUGGUCUUGGGACUUAUUUCUGCAUUUACAUCACUAAGCUGUCUUCUUUUUAUAAAUUAAAGAAAGUGUCCGUAAAGUUAACUUAUUUUCCCUUGCUUUUCAAUUAACCAGUUGUACAAGAUUUUAAAUAUUUUCUAUUUUUAUUCUUAUGUGUGCUUUUCAUGUUGUUUUCCCCUAUGUCUUUAAGAAUUCCACCCACACCAAUCAAAUGAAGGAUUCAGGUGAUGAAUUAAAUAGCCUCACUCACUCAAUGGGAAAUCAGGAGCCAAAGCAGGAGUGUGUCUUAAACCUUUCCCAGCCACAGACAAGGGAUCAUAGUUGCUUUUUUGUGUCAAGGGCUAUUUUCUCUUAUUCAUGUUCAUAGAGAUUAUAUUUUAGUACUUUAAUAGUGUUACAUUCCAAUUAUUAUUAAUGAAUUAUCUAAUUUGGCCAUAAUUGCUGAUUUUUUUUUAAGGAAAGGAUGGAAUAUGGGCUAAUGACACCUUUCCUGUGUAUGUGUGAUUCUGAGAUACUUGAUUCAUUAAGUCACUUCUGUCAAAGAGCUGGCCAAACUGGAGAGGAAAAAGUCAGAUCACUUGCUGGCCCUGAAUUUAUCGGUCAAUUUAAUAGCUUUGUACAAAGACAGCCUGAUUUUAAUAUCUCCAUUACACAGACAAUAUUACUGAAUCACUGUACUUCAAUACUAAUGGUGGUCGAUGCUUUUAUUCCAUUAGCUCCAAGUGGGAGAAAUUUUACUACAGCAUUGUGAAUAAUAGGAGGAAAAAGCUGUUUAUUAUUUCACCUAAUAACAAUGGAAUAAGAACAUUAAGGACUUCCUUUAGCUACAUUUUCCACAAAUUAUCUGCCUAUUUAAAUACAAAGUAUUUAACAUCUAAGAAAGUGAUGAUUUACUGAAAGGGUUUAUUCAUUAAUUUCAAAGUAGUUUGCAGGUAUUUGCACUUAAAUGAACAUUCAGAUAACCUUCUGCUUGCACAAUUGUCAAUGUAAAAAGACUUUAUCAGGUAUCAAAAUUCCCUGGAGAUUUCUGAGUUUUCACUAUUUACGUCUUUGUCAGAUUAAUUUUUGGAGACCUUUUACCACUGAUCUUGUAUGAAGAGAUUGAUUAUGUAGAUCUCUGUCCUCUCCCUUUGUUUCCUCUUGCUUGAUGCCCUCACAUAGCAGUAAGGAGACAGGUCUCAUGAUGGUAGUGGAUUUUGACAUUUGCAUAGUGGAACAUACUUCCUGCUUUUAGAUCCUAAAUUAUAACUUUGAACUGGGGAAGGGUUCUUGACUCUGAUCAAGAAGGAAUUCUUGAACAGCUUGGAUGACUGUAGGUAAGGAAGGAAUUCAUUACAGCGAGAGUAGCAGUGAAUGUCCACAGCUCUGUAGGCAGUAGAGAGCAAGGAAGAACCGAGGGAGAGGUCACUGACCUCCUGCUAAGCAUAGGGCAGAUCCCUUGCCAGCGCCUGAAGCCAGGGUCACAUCGAGUCCAGUGUUCACCUGAAUCUGCACAGUGUGGGAACUAAGCACCUACCACCCCAGGACUAGAGGAGUGCCUCAAAGCACUGGAUAGAGUGCGAUUAUGCUCUGAGCACUUCCCAAAGGCAAAGAAAAGGUUUUUGGACAGGCUACUAAAGAGCAUGAUCUUACAGCCGCAGACCUGUCCACGUCACCCAGGUCAUAGGAACUUGCAAGCCCAAAUCAGAGUUCCUGGAGGAGAAACCGAAAUACCUCGGACCAAACCCGUUUCCCUCUCCUUCUCUAGGCAGACCAAGGGAUGAGCAACACAGUUCUUAAUUCUAUAAACUCAGCCUUAAGAAUUUUCAAUUCAUUACACAUAAAUAUUUAUAAAACAAUUUGAGACCAAAAUGCUGCCAGUGGCAGGCUGGUAUCUCACAUACCUGUGUGGGAAAUCAAGAGGCAGGCAUUUACUUUACUUAAAAAAGUGGCUAUAACAUUGUCAGAAAGUAAGUGUGGCUCCUCCUCAGGGCAGUCACCCUUCCUUCUCUAAAGACUCUAGGAGGCUGCAUGCAUUGCUUCUCAGAGCCCUUCUGCUAUGAUAAGCGUCUAAAGUGAUUGUUGCAACAAUAGCCACUUAAAAGGAACGUUCUUAGCUCCCUGCAGUUAAGGCUUUCAAGGAGGGAUUCUGAAAGAUAGUUUCAUGAUUAUAGGAAGGAAUUCCUUCUCAAACUGAUAAAGGAAGUAUAAAAAUGGUCACAAAGCCUCCAGAACUGAACCUGGACCCAUUUUAUGACUGAUACUUACUUUAAUUCAAUGCAAUCCAUAUUCAUGGGGUAUAUAUACUAAUAAUAAAAACCUAUUUUGUUUACAGUUUACACAUGGCUGUAUUAUAAUUGGACUUUCUUAAUAUUCAUUAAAACAUCUUUAUUUUUAUUUUUCCUACCAAUUUUUGUAUCUGUUGCUUAUAGUUUAUGGGAUGCAACACAGCAAGGGUGAUAUGGAGCAAGCCACACAAAUUCCUUCUAAAAAUAAUCAUACUCAUUAUAACAAUGAUUAACACUUGUUGAGUACCUACUCAGUGCCAGUGAUUUCUAGGAGCUCUACACAUAUUUACUUAGGCUUCCUAAGAGCCACGUGAGUCGGGUAAUCUUAUCUCCCUGAUGUGACACCUUUAAUUCAUUCUUUUUGUUUGUUUGGAUCCCAUUCCAUCAUUUCCCCCACCCAUCUCUCUCUCCCCAUACCUAGUCUCUGGGAAAAGGAUAGAAACUCUGGUGACUUGUGGUAAUAGAUGGGCUAAGAACUGCUUAAUGUCAUUACUAGCUCACUUUCAAUAGAAAAAAACUAACCCCGUCAUGAAGCUAAUAAUUGGUUUUGUGCUCACACCGCUAAUAAGGUAACGUGGUACCGUUGUUCAGUUAAUAGGCAAACAGCUGCCUUCCUUUGGAGGUGUCCUCUCCUUGGGAUGAACCUCAAACAUAUAGACAGAAAUCUCCUCUGUUGUCAUGGUGACACUUCUUCCCUAUAGGAUUUCAAUCCUUCCAAGCACGUUUCACUUAUUUUUCCACCUGAAGCCCAGUCUAGGCUUGUUCUGGGUGUUCUGUGUCGUUUGUUUAAAUAGUAACUAGCUGAGUGUUCCCUUGCCUGGAUACAAUUCUGAACUUUAGAGAUAAGCCCCUGGCUCUUUCAAAAGUAGUCCACCCUAUGUUCUGUCUACGGCCAUCGAAUCCUGCCGUAUAUUUUCAGAUUCAUUAUUUCACCCAACUAAUACUUACUGAACACAUGUUAAGUCAGCCACAGUGAAUUUGAGUAUUUUAUAUUAAAGUAAAACAACUAACAUAUACCAUGUGUUUACUGUGUGUGUGUGGGGGGGGAUGAUGUCUGUGUUCUUUUUUGCAUUAUCUCCACUGUUCAUAAGAACCACACAAGAUGGUUCUACACAGGAAGAAAAUGAUGCUCAUAAGGGUGAACUACUUUGUCCAAAGCCACCCAUUUAAUAAGUAACAGAAUUUGAACUGGAAAUCUAACUCUACAACUCAUACUUCAGUUAUAAAUCUAAUUGAGCCAUAUGAUGAAUUUUUUUGUAUAACUUGUUUUAAGUAAGAAACUGGUCAAAGUUCUGAAUUGCAAGAGCUACCCAGAUGUUUAUGAUUGUGGAUACCAUUCAAAUGAUGACUAUUUGAGUUAAAGUGAACUUGCUUUUUUUUAAUUAUUUGGUGGCUCUUAUACAUGCGAGUCUGAAAGAUAGAUUUCAGAGUCUAGCAGGUUUUUUUCUCACCUGGGCCAGUCAAAAUUUUCGACGAUAUUCACCAAUUAUGUUGGAGUUACAUACUAGCAGAUCUACUUGUAGAUUGUAUAAUCUGAAGACUGCUUUGUCAAUAAUAAAGCCAAAAGCAAUUUCAGUAGUGAAUCUGGCAGGAUGCAACCUGAGAUGUCUUCCACUCUGAUUCUUUUAAGAUGCCACUGUCAGUAUUGAGGGAAAAUCUGUUUGAAGUUGUACGAUGGUCACAAUUAAUGAUGUUAUUUGACUAAUAUAUGGGCUGCCUACACUUGGUAAAAUGCCUUUCAAAUGAAUUUUUGACCUGAUUUUAGGGAGAUGCCGUGGCACAUUUCAGUAGUAGGUUGUCAUUCUAUUGAAUUGUAAACGGGUGAUUUUUGGAAAUUAUUCAAUAAUAGGGUAGAGUAACAUUGUUUCUUAGGUGAGAUGAUAACAUUUUUAAUGAAAUACAGGCUAGGUUACUGGUUAUUGGAGACAUAGUAAACUUUCUCAGAUACCUACCUUGAUCAUAAUAAACAAGGCAGAAUACUAAAAAUAUCUGGUCAAACUGCAUAAAUGGAUAGAAGAGACCCACAGUCAGUAUGUCGUGGAAUGGCCAUAGGAAGCCUAAAGGAAUUAGUGAAUCUUCUCAAACAUUUACAUUAUAACCAUUGAUCCCCAACUACACAGUUAUUUCUAAAUAGAAGAGAAGAAACUCUAACAAAGUAAUAUACAACAUUUUUAUUGUUCCCAGGAUAAGUGUAAUGAAGAAUCUGAGAGUGGUAGUUUCAUCAAAGUUAUCAGGGAAAAGGGUUUUGAUGGUUUUAGGCAAAGUAAAUUCCUGCCAUUUUUACAAGACUUUAGCUAUCUACCAGACUCAUUGCUAACUUCAGGUUUUGUCCAAGUUAUUUAUAUGAAAUAAGUCAGUGUAAUAUAGGGAACUGCAGGUUAUUUGAAAAUAAUGACAAAGAAAACCCAAAUGAGAAACUCCAUUUCUAUAAUUAGUUAUCCAGAAAGUCAGGCAUGUCUUUGAGGACAAGCUUUUGGCUCUAUUAUUUUUGUGCACAGGAAGAAAAUUAUUAGUAGGUUUAUAGAUAUUAUUUUUAUAAUAGAAUGUUACACUGCCCUAAAACAUCAGAAAUUGUGUCUUAGAACUACUCUAUGUUUUUAAAACUUGUUUUGAAAAAGGAUUCUAAAUAGCAAUAGGGUCUUUUCUCCUUUCUCCACUCCAGUGGUUUAAUGGAUAGAUGAACCAAUGUUUAUAUUUUUAAACCUUGUAAAUAUUUUAUUUUGGGUAUUUUGUAUAUUUGUUGAUAUAAUUCCAUUUUGUGCAUAGGAGUCAUUGUGCAUGUUGCUGUUUUUGAUAGUCACUCUUUUAAUGAAUGUAAGAAGCUUGGACUAAUAGCACUUUUCUUGUUUCAUUCCAACAUCUUAAAAUGAAAAUACAACACUGCCAUUUUAACUGUUGUGUUUAAUUCAGUCAAUAAAUUUCGUUGCUGCUUUAUG